UGGCUCUAGCGGGACGUGGGGAAUCUGUCGCAGUCGCGCAUACUUGAGCCAUGCCGACUGACCCUGCAGGCCUGGCGUUCCUGAAGACCAAGGAGGCCGAGCCAGGGGUGACCAAGCUGAAGAGCGGCCUCAUGUACAAGGUGCUGGAGACCGGCACGGGCACCAGAUCCCCGGGCCCCAACACGCCCUGCGACUGCCACUACGCCGGGCAGCUCAUCAACGGACAGGAGUUCGACUCCUCGUACAAGCGCGGCAAGCCUUUGACCUUCGCCCCCUCGCAGGUGAUUGCGGGCUGGACGGAGGCCAUGCAGCUCAUGAAGGAGGGGGACAAGUGGGAGCUCUACAUCCCCUCGGAGCUGGGCUACGGGGAUGAGGGCACGCCAGGAGGCCCCAUCCCACCCAACGCGGCGCUGGUGUUCCAGAUGCAGUUGCUGAAGAUUAAGGGCUGAGACGGCCUGCAGAUGAAAGACGGAGUCUGGGGAGGGAGUCUUAGAGAAGCCAAUCUGUGAGUCCAGGCCGGCAUUCUCAGAGUCUCAGAAGUAAAUCGAGGCAGACAUAAGUUUCUGCGCCCUGGCGGAUUGCCGGGCCAAUCUCAAAUUGGACGUGCCGUUGGCAGCCUGCGACAUGCCGCCGGAGAAAGCCGAUCUAAUGAUCCAUUCCUCUCAUCUCGUGAUGAAAGACCACCACGGCACACUGAGC